AUGGAAGAGAAUUGGAGUCCAGAAUUGCAAACCUUGGAGGGCCAUUCUCAUUGGGUUUGCUCUGUCGUCUUCUCACAAGAUGGUCAGCUUUUAGCAUCUGGCUUUGAUGACAAAACUACCAAGCUCUGGGAUCCUACCCCUGGCGCGCUCAAGUACACUCUAGAGGGCCAUUCUGAUUCAAUUCUGUCAGUCGACUUUUCACAAGAUGGCCAGCUUCUAGCAUCUGGCUCCGAUGAUGAAACUAUCAAGCUCUGGGAUCCUACCACUGGCACCCUCAAGUAUACUCCGCAGUCGCGCAAAGAGUGCUAUUCGAAACUUCGUCAUUGA